AGCUGCAACUCUGUGAGCGUCCCGGUCCUUCUAAGUCCUCCUGCUCCUCAUAUAUCCUCCUGCUCCCCCUGCUCCUGCUCCUGCUUCUCCUGCCCCACCGUCUCAGUAAGGAGAUAACCGCAUGGUUCAUCGUCCAGCGGACUCGCGCCUGCUCGCCAAUCUCCUCUCUCACGAAAAGGACUACUCUAAACACCUGGCAACUCUACUUGAGCACUCCCAGCUGUCGCUAGCGUCGUUCUCUGCCUAUGCCUCUGCCUCGUCACCGCCGCUCGCGCAGGCUAUCAUUACCGUAGCUGGCGCGCUUUCUGGCGCAGAUGACGCGUUACGCAAAUAUGCAAUGUCUGUCGAGAGCUGGCAGGCCCAGCUGAACGCGCUCAAGGGCCUCGAAGAUGAGGUCGGGAAUAUCAUGCGGGACCGGGAGAUUCUCGUAACACGUCUUAUCAAGGCGUCCAAGUCUCAGAAGCCCAACCGCGACUCUGUCAUCGGAUCCACGCCCUCCCCAUCUUCUUCCUCCUUGACCAUCCGCCUCGAGGUUCCAGUGGGAGCCAAGCUCGGCGCAGCCCAAACGGAACUGCAAGCAUGCGAAGCGCACUUAGCCAAAAAGGAGCGGGAGCUAGAGGAGAUGCGCGUGAGGGCCAUCACAGUCGGACUGCAGGCGCGCUGUAAAGCGAUGGUAGAGUGCGGCUGGGUAUGGGGCGAGAUGGGCAAGGAGGGACUGCGCGCCCUCGACAGCGGAGACAUGGCGGCCGCGAACGGAAACGGUAUUGGAAGCUACCCAUACCCGCGACCCUCCUCCAACUCCGAUUCCGGCCACGCAGCAUCUGACUUGUCCUCCCUAGCACCCUCCCAAUCCGCAUCGCAACUUCAUAACGACGGGCCUUACCGAAGCCCAUCUCCCCCUCCCAAACCGCUCCCGCACGUCCAGGCAUACCGCCUGCAGAUAGCGCCCGCACACUCGAUCGACGAACACGCUGUACCGGAUGGGCGACCGAAGGGCGCGCCCCGCGCGAGCUGGCGCAUCUCCGAGGUCCCCGAGCCAGAGGAGGAGGAGGGUGGGGGGAGCAGUGCGGACGAGGAGGAGGCAGGCCUUGAGGUGCACGAGAACGAGCGAUUUGCGAGAAGGAAGUCGAAAGGAAAAGACAAGGAACUCGAAGACAAACCGUUCUCAAUCCGCCCGCCCGCUGCUGGGAACGCGAGCCUCCCGCCACCGAGCCCGUCCACUGAAUCGGGGUCUAUACUGGGCAAGAAGGAGCGCCAUCGGAGCGGCUCUGGGGGUCUCUUCGGGCGGGCGUUCGACGCGCUGUUCCACAGGGAUAACAAAGAGAAGGAGAGGGGCAGCUCGUUGAGCCCGAGCAAAACGAGCCCGAGCAAGACCGGCGGGUGGCGCACGCGUACGGACAGCAACCUCACGAAGGUACGGCGUGGCGGCAAGGGCGGGGACGAGAGCUCGGACGACGAAGAGCAGACGAGGCAGUUGUAUUCAACGUGGUCUCCCAGCUCCGCGUCCGUACCGAAGACGGCGCCCGUGCUUGGCGCGUCGGCCUCCACGAGUACGGUGAAUACGACAGCUACUAGCAAGGGAUCUCCGGUGAACCAGAGGCUCAAGAAGGCGAAGCGGAGCUCAGUGCAGGCGCCGCCGCGUACGAAGGAUAAGGAGGCUACGGAGAAAGGCUGGGUCAGCGACACGGCGGGCAGGAAGUCCAGCGUUAGCCGGGCAAGCUCGGUGAACAAGACGCCUCCACCGAAGGGCAAGGGCAAGGCGAAUGGGGAUGCCACUCCGGGGAGCGGUGCACGGCCGCACAGGGUUCCGGCCAUUGCUGCGUUGGGGAUGAACGGAGGAUCAGUCUCAAGGAACUCGUCCUUGUCGAGGCAGUCGAUCACGAGUGUGGCAUCCGCCCCUGCAAGAAUGCCUGUACGGAGUACGACCAUACCUGUCGUCCCGCACUCGGCGUCUGCGACCUCUGCGCGAUCGCGUGCGAUGUCGUUACAACCUGCCGAACCUCAGUCUCCUGCACCCGCAUCUACCUCGCAAGCUAGCGCGUCUUCAGCGGGGUAUGUGAACGGCCAUCGGAGGACGGCCUCGACGUCCUCUGCUAUGCCCAACCACUCGGGACUAACAAGGAGCAAUGACGGCCCGAGUCUGAUGAGCAUCGUUGAGGGCGUGGCAAGACAUAAUAAGGAAGCAUGGUCUGCGCAAGAUCCUAACAGGAAGCUGAUCGACGUGAGGGCGCCGCCGCCGGUGAAUGUUGACGCUGCGUUGGAGGAGGCGUCGAAGUCCGCCGACAAGUACCCUCAAGCAGGUUCAUCAAACAGUGCGAGUUCGGGAGGACCUCUCAAAGACGUGCCGGCGAGGCAGUCCUCGCCCCUUUUGCACCACACGAAGAUGCCUGCGUCGGCUUCCGCCCCGACCCUGCCCGUGUCCAGCUCCAGGCCUCUGAUGAAGGUACCACUUCGCUCUGCUCUGCGCCAUAGCAGUCGGACUCCUUCCCCGAAUCCGCCCCCCGCUGUACGUGGUCCAGCGAGUGAUAGCAGUCGAGAUGUGUCUCCGUCGCGACCGAUGGCAGUUACCCAUGCCCCGGCCACCCCAUCGAAACUGGCGGCGGUGGACAAGGAUGACGACGAAACCUCGCUCUCGUCAUACGCGACUGGGCGUGAGGACUUCGACGAAGACAGCACACCCGUGGCCGAACAUAGCCCGGAGCUGUCUCUGUCACCCCCGCCCCCGCCUCCGCACGACUCAAUAGGGAGCGACCUGUCAGGGAGCUCUACUACGACGGAGGGUGCCCCCGUCCGACGCAAGAGCGUACGGAUGUCCCUUCCGCCAACAUUCUCGGCGACGCCUCCUGCGGUAGACGAUGACAGCGAUGAGGAGGCGCGGAGUCGCCAUGCCCCAUGGGGACCAUCGAGUCAGUGGUCUACGCGGAUACAGCCUGGACACGAUCGCGACGUGUGGCAGGACUCGAGCGAGGAAGAUGAGGACUACAGCAGAGCGAGAAGGCUGCUGAGCCGAAUGUCUAGGGGACGGACUUGAUUAUUGGGUGAAGAUUCUGAGAUUUGUACACAUGGUCAUGCUGGCUGCUCACUCGUGUCUUAUUGCUACUCAACUAUACUAUACCUAAUCGUUGGUACCUCCGGCCUUCUAUCAUUAUUUACACAUCUUCCCAUACAUCGGACACACGCUUGUUAUCCUGUAUGUUUUUCUUGACAUGAUAUGUUACGUAAUAAACGAGCGCUUCGCAGGCUAAGAA